GAAGCAAGAUGGCUGCCCUUUAGGAUUUGUUAGAAAGGAGACCCGACUGCAACUGCUGGAUUGCUGCAAGGCUGAGGGCGAGAACGAGGCUGGCAACCAUUCAGCAGCAGACCCUCUCAAGAUUGUCUAUUUGCCCUUGCUCCUGUUGAGUUACCACCCUUGGAAGCAGGAGAUGGGCUCAGCAUCAGCCAACCGGAAAUGAUCCAGGAGGAGCAGUGAGGGACGGAACUGCUGAAUUCAUUCAAAGGGCAGCCUUGUGGAUGGCCCCGAAGCAAGCCUGAUGGAACAGGAUAGAAACAACCAUGUUGAGGGCAACAGACUAAGUCCGUUCCUGAUACCAUCUCCUUCUCCCGUUUGCCAGACAGAACCUCUGGCUCUAAAGCUCCAGAAUGGAAGCCCAUUAACUGAGAGACCUCAUCCAGAAGUAAAUGGAGACACCAAGUGGCAGUGUUUCAAAAGUUGUUAUGGAAUACCCCAUAUGAAGGGAAGCCAGCUUAGUCGUGUGAGUCCCGACUUUAUACAAGAUGGUAGAGGGUAUUCCAAUUGUCUGCAAAAUGGAGGAAUAAAACGCACAGUGAGUGAACCUUCUCUCUCUGGGCUCCAUCAGGACAAGAAAUUCAAACAAGACCAAAAAGCUAAUGGAGAAAGAAAGAACUUCGGGGAAAGACAAGAAAGAAAUCCAGAUGAAAGCAGCAGUCAACCAAAUGUCUCCGCUUUGAGUGAUAAGAGAGAAUCUGUGAGCUCUGUAGCCCAAGAAAAUGCAGUUAAAAAUUUCACCAAUUUUUCAACACACAACUGCAGUGGGUUUGAAAAUCUAGAGCUUCCGAUUCCGAAUGAGCAGGAGGGGAAAAUUGCUAACUACCACGACAAGAACAUUGUAUUACUUCUUAAAAAUAAGGCAGCGCUAAUGCCUAAUGGUGCUAUAGUUUCUGCCUCUUCCAUGGAAAACACACAUGGUGAACUCCUGGAAAAAACACUGUCUCAAUAUUAUCCAGAUUGUGUUUCCAUUGCGGUGCAGAAAACCACAUCUCAAGUAAAUGCCAUUAACAGUCAGGCUACUAAUGAGUUGUCCUGUGAGAUCACUCACGCAUCACAUACCUCAGGGCAGAUCAAUUCCCCUCAGACCUCAAGCUCCGAGCUGCCUCCAGAGCCAGCUGCAGUGGUGACUGAGGCCUGUGACAUUGAUAAUGCCAGUAAACCAGCUGCAAUGCUAGGGACCUGUUCCUUUCAGAAACCAGAACAACUACAACAACAAGCAUCAGUUUUUGAGAUAUGCUCAUCUCCUGUAGAAAACAGUAACAUCCAAGGAACCACAAAGCUAGUAUCUGGUGAAGAAUUUUGUUCAGGUUCCAGCAGCAAUUUGCAAGCUCUUGAUGGCAGCUCUGAACGGUAUUUAAAACAAAACGAAAUGAAUGGUGCUUACUUCAAGCAAAACUCAGUGUUCACUAAGGAUUCCUUUUCUGCCACUACCACACCACCACCAUCACAAUUGCUUCUUUCUCCCCUUCCUCCUCUUCCACAGGUUCCUCAGCUUCCUUCAGAAGGAAAAAGCACUCUGAAUGAUGGAGGUUUGGAAGAAAAGCAUCACUACUCCAACCAAAGUCACACAGCUCUUUUAAGGGAAGUGGAAGUAGAGGGUCAGCUUGAAGCAUCACCAUCCCCGAGUCCUAAUCCACGUAUAUUUGUAUCCAACCUUUCUCUGAUGCUUCCAGAAAGGCCUCAGAAUAAUUGUGUUAACAAGAAUGACAUACAGACUCCAGGGACAAUGGCUGUUCCAAGACCAAUAUCAGAACAUCUCAAGCAUAACCCACCAGUUUUUGGUAGCAGUGGAGAUCUACAGGACCACUGCCAGCAGUUGAUGAGAGACAAAGAGCAGAAGAUUCUGAAGGGUAAAAACAAGGAACAAACACGAGAUGUUGUGCUCCCAACACAGCACUAUCUCAAACCAGGUUGGAUUGAAUUGAAAGCCCCUCAUUUUCAUCAGGCAGAAGCCCAUCCAAAAUGUAAUGAGACAUCACUGCGAUCAGUUCUUCAGUAUCAGCCCAACCCCUCCAGUCAAAUGACCUCCAAACAAUACACUGGAAAUUCCAACAUGCCUGGGGGGAUCCCAAGGCAGGCUUACAUCCAGAGAACAAUGCAGCUGGAGCAGAAGUCACAAAUGUACCAAGUUGAGAUGAAUCAAGGGCAGUCUCAAGGUACAGUGGACCAACAUCUCCAGUUCCUAAAACCCUCACACCAGGUGCACUUCCAGACAGACCCUUCACCAGAAGCUCAUGUACAGUCACUGUGUACCCCUAGAUUACAUUUUCAAAAAAAAGGAGAUCCUCAAACUGAGAAACUCAUGUCCCCAUUGUUAAAACAGCACUUGAAUCAACAGGCUUCAGAAACUGAGCAAUGUUCAAACUCACACCUUUUGCAACAUAAGCCUCAUAAACAGGCAGCACAAACACAACCAUCCCAGAAUUCACAUCUCCCUCAAAACCAACAGCAGCAAAAAUUGCAAAUGAAGUGUAAAGAACAAAUGCCCCAAACUUUUACUCAUCCCCAUGGCAACAAUGGUCAGCAAACAGAAGGAUCAUUCUUUGGCCAGAUUAAAGUAGAAGAGUGCUUUCAUUUUGAAAAACAGUAUUCAAAAUCAAGUGGGUUCCAGACUCAUAAUACCCAAAUGGGGUUGGAGCAAGUACAGACUAUGAACAGUAGAAAUUCCCCUUAUGGUCAGAUCUUGAAAUCAAGUGCAAGCAAAGUACACAUUUCUUGUUCAAACAAUACACACCUAGUUCCAGAGAAUAAAGAACAGACUGUACAUUCUGAACUCUUUGCAAGAAACAAGACCCAAAACUUGCAAUAUUUUCCAAAUAAUGUGACCCAAAAACAAGAUGUUCUUCAUAGGUGCUUUCAAGAACAAGAGCAGAAGCCUCAACAAGCUUCAGUUCUACAGGGAUAUAAAAGUAGAAACCAAGAUAUGUCUAGUCAACAAGCCACACAACUCGCUCAGCAAAGGUACUUGACACACAACCAAGCAAAUGCUUUCUCUGCGCCUGACCGGGGAGGAAGUCACAUUCAGACUCCUCCCCAGAAGGACCUUCAAAAGCAUGCUGCUCUAAGGUGGCAUCUCUUACAGAAGCAAGAACAGCAAGCACAGCAACCCCAAAUUGACUCUUGCCAUAAUCAGAUGCACAGGCCAAUUAAGGUUGAACCUGGAUCCAAGCUGCAUGCUUGUAUGCGCCCCAUGUCAGCACAGCCAGAAAACAAAACAUGGAAAAAGAUAACUAAGCAAGAGAUUCCACCUCCAAGCUGUGAUAAUGUGCAGCAGAGGAGCAUCAUUGAGACCAUGGAGCAGCAUCUGAAGCAGUUUCAGGUCAAAUCAUUGUUUGACCAUAAGGCUCUAACUCUCAAAUCACAGAAGCAAGUAAAAGUUGAAAUGUCAGGGCCAGUCACAGUUUUAACUAGACAAACCACUGCUGCAGAACUUGAUAGCCACACCCCAGCUUUAGAGCAGCAAGCAACUUCUUCAGAAAAGACACCAACCAAAAGAACAGCUGGUUCUGUUCUCAAUACUUUUUUAGAGUCACCUUCAAAAUUACUAGAUACGCCUAUAAAAAAUUUAUUGGAUACACCUGUCAAGACUCAGUAUGAUUUCCCAUCAUGCAGAUGUGUAGAGCAAAUUAUUGAAAAAGAUGAAGGUCCUUUUUAUACCCAUCUAGGAGCAGGUCCUAAUGUGGCAGCUAUUAGAGAAAUCAUGGAAGAAAGGUUUGGACAGAAGGGUAAAGCUAUUAGGAUUGAAAGAGUCAUCUAUACUGGUAAAGAAGGCAAAAGUUCUCAGGGAUGUCCUAUUGCUAAGUGGGUGAUUCGCAGACGCUGCAGUGAGGAGAAGCUACUGUGUUUGGUGCGGGAGCGAGCCGGGCACACCUGUGAGGCAGCAGUGAUUGUGAUUCUCAUCCUUGUGUGGGAAGGAAUCCCGCUGCCUCUGGCUGACCAACUCUACUCAGAGCUCACCGAGACGCUGAGGAAAUACGGCACGCUCACCAAUCGUCGGUGUGCCCUGAAUGAAGAGAGAACCUGUGCCUGUCAGGGGCUGGAUCCAGAAACCUGUGGUGCCUCCUUUUCUUUUGGCUGUUCAUGGAGCAUGUACUAUAAUGGAUGUAAGUUUGCCAGAAGCAAGAUCCCAAGGAAAUUUAAGCUGCUUGGGGAUGACCCAAAAGAGGAAGAGAAACUGGAGUCUCAUUUGCAAAACCUGUCCACUCUUCUGGCACCAAUAUAUAAAAAACUUGCACCUGAUGCAUAUAAUAAUCAGAUUGAAUAUGAACACAGAGCACCAGAGUGUCGGCUGGGUCUAAAGGAAGGCCGUCCAUUCUCAGGGGUCACUGCAUGUUUGGACUUCUGUGCACAUGCCCAUAGAGACUUGCACAACAUGCAGAAUGGCAGCACAUUGGUAUGCACCCUCACUAGGGAAGACAAUCGAGAAAUUGGAGGAAAUCCUGAGGAUGAGCAGCUCCAUGUUCUGCCUUUAUACAAAAUCUCUGAUGUGGAUGAGUGUGGGAGUCUAGAAGCUCAGGAGGAGAAAAAACGAAAUGGUGCCAUUCAAGUACUGAGUUCUUUUCGGCGGAAAGUCAGGAUGUUAGCAGAGCCAGUCAAGACUUGCCGACAAAGGAAACUAGAAGCCAAGAAAGCUGCAGCUGAAAAGCUUUCCUCUCUGGAGAACAGCUCAAUUAAGAACGAAAAGGAAAAGUCAGCCUCAUUGCGUACAAAACAGAGUGAAAAUGCAAUUCAGGCUAAACAGUUGGCAGAACUUUUACGACUUUCAGGACCAGUCAUUCAGCAGCCCCAGCAGCCCCAGACACAGCAACUGCAGAAACAGCAGGCCCAGCAACAGCCACAGCAGGCCCAGCAACAGCAGCCACACCCCUUGACUAAUAACUCUCAGUCAGAGUCUAUCAACUCUUACUCUUCUUCUGGAUCCACCAGUCUGUACAUGAGACGGCCCAAUCCAGUUAGUCCUUAUCCAAGCUCUUCACACCCUUCAGAUGUUUAUGGAGGUGCCAACCCUAUGAACCUGUAUUCCACCUCAUCCCAAGCUGCAGGUUCGUAUUUGAAUUCUUCUAAUCCCAUGAACCCCUACCCUGGGCUUCUGAGUCAAAAUAAUCAAUAUCCAUCAUAUCAAUGCAAUGGAAACCUAUCAAUAGACAACUGCUCCCCAUAUCUGGGUUCCUAUUCUCCCCAGUCUCAGGCCAUGGAUCUAUAUCGGUAUCCAAGCCAAGACCCUCUCUCUAAGCUAAAUCUACCACCCAUCCAUACACUUUAUCAGCCAAGGUUUGGAAAUAGCCAGAGUUUUACUUCUAAGUACUUAGGUUAUGGAAACCAAAAUGUGCAGGGAGAUGCCUUCAGCAGUUGUACUGUUAGAGCAAAUGUACACCAUGUAGGAACAUUUUCUCCUUAUUCCACUCAUGACAUAGAUGGCCACUUCAUGGGAGCCACCUCUAGAUUACCACUCAACUUGAGCAGUCCAAACAGAGACUAUAAAAAUGGUGAGCAUCGUGCAUCUUCUCACACAAUUCAUAACUACAGUGCAGCUCCAGGCAUGUUCAACAGCUCUCUUCAUGCCCUGCAUCUCCAAAGCAAGGAUGACAUGCUUUCCCACGCGACUAAUGGGUUAUCUAAGAUGCUUCCAGGUCUUAACUAUGAUAGAACCACUUCUGUCCAAGGCAGCUUACAUAAAUUAAGUGAUGCCAACAGUCAGGAAAAGCAGCCUCUGGCACCAGCUCAGGGUGUGGCUUCUGCUGCAGAGGAGAACGAUGAGGUCUGGUCAGACAGUGAGCAGAACUUUCUGGAUCCUGACAUCGGGGGAGUGGCUGUGGCUCCAACUCAUGGGUCAAUUCUCAUUGAGUGUGCAAAGCGCGAGCUUCAUGCCACAACCCCUUUAAAGAUUCCCGAUCGGAAUCACCCCACCAGGAUCUCGCUUGUCUUUUACCAGCAUAAGAGCAUGAAUGAGCCAAAACAUGGCUUGGCUCUCUGGGAAGCCAAAAUGGCUGAAAAAGCCCGUGAGAAAGAGGAAGAGUGUGAAAAAUAUGGUCCAGACUAUGUGCCUCAGAAAACCCAUGGCAAAAAAGUGAAACGGGAGCCCACUGAGCUGCACGAACCUUCAGAGCCCACUUACCUGCGCUUCAUCAGAUCCCUUGCGGACAGGACCAUAUCCAUGACCACAGACUCCACAGUAAUGACAUCUCCAUAUGCCUUCACGCGGGUCACAGGGCCUUACAACAGAUAUAUAUAAUGUCGCCCCUUUUGUUGGUUACCUCAUUUGAAAAGACCAGAACCAACCUGUCAGUAGUGUAUAGUUCGCAUGAUGUUGGCAAUGGGGAAAGGUCACAGUAUUCAUGACAAAUGUUGUGGGAAAAUCCUCAGCUCACCAGCAAAAAAAGAAGUAAUCUUACCCUAGCACUUAAUUUCCACUGACUCCCAAGUGGUCACAGAUGGCAUCUAGGAAAAAGACCAAAGCAUUCUAUGCAAAAAGAAGGUGGGGGAAGAAGGUUCUGCAAUUUACAUUUUUAAACACUGGUUCUGUUAUUGGAUGAGAUAUGUAAAUGUGAUUUUUCCCCUUACGACUCUACACAUCUGUGACCACUUUUAAGGAUAUCAAGUUUGCAUAGUCAUGGAACACAAAUCACACAAGUACUGUAGUAUUACAGUGACAGGAAUCUUAAAAUACCAUCUGGUGCUGAAUAUAUGAUGUACUGAAAUACUGGAAUUAUGGCUUUUUAACAUGCAGUUUUUACUGUAAUCGUAAUAUUAACUUUUAUUUAUCAAAAUAGCUAUAGGAAGCAUAAAUGAAUAGCAGCAAAACACUGAAUUUGUUUGGAUGUUCUAAGAAAUGGUGCUAAGAAAAUGGUGUCUUUGAUAGUUUAAAAUUUAAUGCCUUUAUAUCAUCAAGAUGCUAUCAGUGUACUCCAAUGCCCUUGAAUAAUAGGGGUACAUUUUCAUUCAACUUUUUGUCAUAAUUACCUGUUCUUGCAAGUUUAGUUUUUAAAAUGUGGAAGUUUUAAAGGCCUCUGGAUUUUGCUCAUCCAGUGAAGUCCUUGUAGGACAAUAAACGUAUAUAUGUACAUAUAUACACACAUGUAUAUGUGCACACACAUGUAUAUGUAUAAAUAUUUUAAGUGGUGUUUUAGAAGCACUUUGUCUACCUAAGCUUUGACAACUUGAACAAUGCUAAGGUACUGAGACGUUUAAAAAAAAGUUUACUUUCAUUUUAGAAUGCAAAGUUUUUUUUUAAGGAAACAAGGAAAACUUUUAAAAUAUUUUUGCUUUUAGCCAGGCAUCUGCUGAUGAGCAAUGUGUCCAUUUUUAACACAGCCAGUUAAAUCCAAAACAGGGCUUACUGGAUUCAAGGGAAUACAUUAGUCCACAAAACAUGUUUUCUGGUGCUCAUCUCACAUGCUAUACUGUAAAACAGUUUUAUAUAAAAUUGUAUGACAAGUUCAUUGCUCAAAUAUGUACAGUUUUAAGAAUUUUUUAUUAACUGCAGGUAAUAAUUAGCCGCAUGCUACAAGACUCAACAAAGCUAGUUCAUUUAAGGCUAUGCUUUUUUAUAGACCUGUAUGCUCUUCAGAGAACUGAAUGGCAGUCUGCCUUUGUGUUGAUAAUUAUGUACAUUGUGAUGUUGUCAUUUCUUAGCUUAAGUGUCCUCUUACCAGGAAGAUUGAGCAGACUAAAGCCUGCAUAAGAUGAAUAAACAGGGUUUGUUCCAUGUGAAUCUGUUGGUUAAAAAGAAACAAAACAGGCAGCUGGUUUGCUGUGGUGGUUUUAAAUCAUUAAUUUGUAUAAAGAAGUGAAAGAGUUGUAUAGUAAAUUAAAUUGUAAACAAAACUUUUUUUAACGUAAUGCUUUAGUAUUUUAGUACUGUAAAAAAUUUUAA